AUGGUAUCAAGAAGGUCGAGACUUCAAGACUGUUGUACACAUCAAACAAAAUCAGUUCAGAGCUGUGAUGGAGUAUCAGACAUAGACAGCUACGAAUCAAGCGGUACAGACAAUUUCUGUCUUAUAUCACCAUCCAAGAGCAACAGAGCUGAAAGUGUUCCCACAGGUCAACGAAGACUAGGAUGGAGACCGUAUGUCACAAAGGUUCUUGCUGAACAUGUCCAGAGGGCAUUUGAAGUAUCCAAAGUUAUUAAACAGCAGCCAAAUGUAAUCAAAGUCAUAGCUUACAAAAAUGGCACAAGAAAUAUCUUUGCUAAAGUUUCUGUCUCCUUAAUUAAGCCACUGCUGGAGGAGCGCUCUGAAAAGCUGAAUCUGAACAUGGCUGCACGAUGAGUGUUCUUGGCAGACAGCACUGAAGCACUAGAACCUAAAGACAUACCCCAUGAUGCCGAUGUUUAUAUUUCAACUGGAGAGACCUUUUUAUAUCCAUUCAAAAAACUAAAAGACCAUCUGUCAUUAAUGAAGAAAGGAUCUUGGACAGUGAAUGGCCUGGUUCUUCAUAAUGGUGUCAAGUAAAAGAAAACCAAGCCUGUCAUUUCCAACUGCAUGUAGAAAAUUACUGAGGACACCUCUGACAGAAUUUUAGUGUUUAAGAACUGUACAGGGCAGGAUAACUAUUGA